AUGGCGGCUCCGACGGUGUCGAAGGCGAGAUCGACAGAGACUUUCGUGGACAACAAGCGGAAGGACGACAUCCGUAUGACCAACAUAGCGUCGGCGCAGGGUGUGUCGGAUGCCGUGCGGACCAGUCUCGGACCCAAAGGCAUGGACAAGAUGAUCUCAACCUCGUCGGGCGAGGUGAUAAUUACUAAUGACGGCGCCACCAUCCUCAAUAAAAUGGAAGUUCUUCAGCCCGCCGCCAAGUUCCUCGUCGAGCUCUCCAAAUCUCAGGACGUCGUCGCGGGAGAUGGCACCACCACCGUUGUCGUCAUCGCUGGAUCGCUGCUCAAGGCGUCACUUGGUCUGUUGACCUCCGGCAUCCACCCUACGAUUGUUUCUGAUUCCCUCCAUAAGACCUCAAUCAAAGCCGUCGAGAUUUUAUCCGCCAUGGCGGUCCCUGUAGAGCUCUCAGAUCGCGAAUCCCUCGUCAAAUCUGCCUCUACUUCUCUCAAUUCAAAGGUAGUGUCUCAGUACUCCACUCUUUUAGCUCCACUAGCUGUUGACGCUGUGCUUUCUGUGGUGGACCCACAAAAGCCCAAUUUAGUGGAUUUGAAAGAUAUUAGGAUUGUGAAGAAAUUGGGGGGAACUGUGGAUGACACUGAACUGGUAAGGGGACUUGUUUUCGAUAAGAAGGUUAGUCAUGCUGCUGGGGGCCCCACUAGGGUCGAAAAUGCUAAGAUAGCUGUGAUACAGUUCCAGAUCUCACCCCCUAAGACCGAUAUAGAGCAGAGCAUUGUGGUGUCUGACUACUCCCAGAUGGAUAGGAUUUUGAAAGAGGAGAGAACUUAUAUUCUGGGAAUGAUUAAAAAGAUCAAGGCCACAGGGUGCAACGUGUUGUUGAUCCAGAAGAGUAUUUUGAGGGAUGCUGUGACGGACUUGUCCCUGCAUUAUCUGGCAAAGGCGAAGAUUUUAGUCAUUCGAGAUGUUGAGAGGGACGAGAUUGAGUUCAUCACCAAGACCUUGAACUGCCUGCCCAUCUCGAACAUCGAGCAUUUUCGUGCAGAGAAGCUCGGUCAUGCGGAUUUGGUGGAGGAGGUUCCACUUGGAGAUGGUGGGAAGAUAGUGAAAAUCACGGGGAUCAAGGACAUGGGUAGGACCAUGAGCGUUCUGGUCCGCGGGUCAAACCAUCUGGUGCUUGACGAGGCUGAGAGGAGCCUGCACGAUGCUCUGUGCGUGGUGAGGUGCUUGGUGAACAAGAAGUUUCUAAUUGCAGGUGGUGGGGCCCCCGAGAUCGAGCUCUCGAGGCAGCUGGGCGCCUGGGCGAAGGUGCUGCAGGGGAUGGAAGGCCAGGUCCAAUUCGAUUUAACCGAGCACAUCCCUAACCAUGUUCUGACUUCCAAUUUUUAUUUCGAGCCCGAUUUGAGUUAUAUUUACCUCAUCGAUGAGGACGACCUCCUCAAAGACUUGAUUUAUAAUCUAUUAUGA